AUGCGACCGAACCACUAUCGCCCGGGUCGGGUCUUUGACGGUCGCCCUGCUGCCCCGCGACCUCCACCCUUGCGUACAGACGUGUACCCAGAUGAUGUCUAUCAUGCUCAAUAUGACCACAGGUCCAGAUACAACCCCCGCUACGACGACCGCCGCUCGCGCUCCCCCAGGGACAGAUCCCCUGACCGACUCACCGACCGCGCUUCGCAGUACAGCGACGGCGAUCGCAGACGAACCUCGGCCGAGUCGAGAACCAACGCCUCCGCCUUUCAGUCCAACAGGGACAACUUCCGCGAGCCCUUGACGGCUCGCGAGCCCCCACGCGCCCCAAAGGCCUACCUGGACCCUCCCAGCGGCCCACGCGGCGGCUUCUCUGGCGACUUCAGAGGAAGGGGCCGCGGCCGCGGCCGAGGCUGGCGCGAUGACAGCCGAGAUCGCGGUCGCGACAGAGACUUCAGAGACAGACGAGAUGACCCUCCACCAUUCCGAGACGACCGUAGUAGGGAACGUGAUCGGGACUGGCGGGACCGCGAAAGAGAUAGCUUCAGAGGACGCAGGCCAUCGCCGGGACCGAGGCGCUCGCCACCUGGCAGAGACUUCCGCGACCGUGAUCUUCAGAUAGGAGUCGAGGCCGACCGAGCCAGGCGUGGGUCCAGAGACGGAGGCCCUCUUAGCGCUGGUUCCUCAGCAUCAGACCCCCCUUUUGGCUCCCAGUCUUAUCGCGGAGGUGGUUAUCGUGGCAGGGGUGGACGGGGCCGCGGGGACUGGGACCGCGGUCGCGGACGUCCUUCGUUCUUUGAUGACAGAGCCGAUCGCUUUAGGAGUCGAUCUCAGGAAGGUCGAUGGGGCAGCGGCCCUCGUGAUCGGGAUGAACGCGACAACCACCGCUACAUCGACACAGACGUACGACCCCGGGAUACCCCUAGAGAUGACCGUGAACCUCCUCUCCGAGAUCUACCACGUGAUCCUCGUGACCCGCGAGAUCCUCGAGACACUGUUGACCGCAACUCCCGCCCGAAAAUCGACCGACAGGGCUCUGUGGCCACCGAGCCUAUGACCACUCCGACGAGUAAGCCGACAACACCACCAUUAGCUCCCGUUGCCCCGGCUUUUGGUACUGCGCCAGUCCGUCCUCCGCCCACAUCUGACAUAUCCUCUAAAGCACCACCUACGGCACCUCGUGCGUUCACCGAAGAUCGUCAGGACCGCCAGGACCGGCCUGCUUCCUCGGGACAGUCCGGUGGCGACCAAUGGGCACCGCCUUCGGGGCCUUCCAACUCCAUCAGCCCCACGAUCCCAACCGGCCCGCGUGGGAUGCAGCUCCAGAAAGCUCCUCGACCUUCUAGCAAACAAUGGAUCAACCCUGCGCUGGUCGGGAGCAAGCCUAAGAUACCGGAGUCCCCGAAGAUUAACCGGUCACAGAGCUUCGCGUCCCCACAGCAGUCUCGUCCGUUUGAUUCUCGAAACGACUCAUACUCUAACCGCCGAGACGACGAGCCACGCCGGCCUCGCAGUAGUGGUGCGGGCGCCGAGACGGAAAGAGCCGGGACUGACGGGAGUCUGCGUCCUUUAAGUAUCCCUGAGCCUGGCGAUACAAGGGUCGAACGUGGCACACAAUCUGCGCGCGCCUCCGUCGAUCGCGACAUACGGGCGCCGUGGAAAUUCCCCGACCUCAAGACGGGAGUUGCCGAGACAUCAGACCGCGCUAGUGUUGCGUCUGCGAUUUCCCCGACCGCCGUCAAGACCACCAGCCCAACCGUGUCUCGUCCCAGUGACCAGCAGGAUGAUGACGCGGCGACCGCGCAGGAGGACGGGGAGAUCAUUGAAGAUCAGCCACCCAGGAAGAAAAGUCGCUUGCAUAUCAGCAGCAAAUCUUUCGAAUUGCCGCCCAAGGUGACGGAGAUACCCACGGUGGAUCAGUCUUCCGAUUCCGAUGACGAAGACAUGAACGACUACUUCGAUUCGGAGAUCGCCAAGGCAGAGUCUGAGCUUCAAAGACUGGAGCACGUGAACAACGCAGUGCCGACCGAAAUCGUCAUCCGCUAUGCGCAAGUGACUCACGAGGCUCUGGUGGCGGUCGCAACCGAAAAUGGAAGCUUAAAGGACAUGCUUGGUCCCAUACCCGAGGGCAUCGUUUUACCGACGCAGAAGGAGGAUGUCGCCCCAGAGCCCGAGAAAAGUACUACGGUGGAGCCAGUCAAGGCUGAGACGGAUCAGGUACCAGCUCAACAGGAUGCGAAGCAAGUAACGGAGCCCGCUGUGCCCACCGAAAGUGUGGUGGCUGAGCCUCAGCCCAAGGUGGAAGAGAUGGAGGUGGACAGCUCGCAUGUGCUAAUUCCCACCGUCGAGCGGCCCGAGCUUCCGGAAGAGAACGGAGAUGUGGCGAUGGAAGACGCGCCCAUGAACGGUCUGGAUACAGCCAUGUCCGAGGCAGGUCCUCUCGUGCCGAACGGUGUUUCAGCACACGUUGGUGGCCAGCAGCUCUUGCUGCCUCCUGGAAUCGCGCCUCCCGUAGGUGCCGACACUACUAGCCCGACACCUGUCGAAGAAGAGGAGGACGAGACUGAUAUUGAGGUGGACGACGUGACGCUUGAGCUCGUCCGGCCAAAGAUGCAAACGCCACCCUUCGACGACUUACCUUAUUUCAACGCGAAGCCUUGGACAAAGAGCAGGCAAGCCAUGAGCUCUAUGGAGCAUGACCCCGAAGUUGAAGCCUUUAUUUCGCGCAUACUGCAGGACAACAGCAUGUUUGUCCGCAACGAGCAGCAGGCCAAGAAGCUGGAAUAUGCCGGCAGGUAUGAGGAGUACUUACGGUUCACCAUCUCCGACGACCCUGUCGCUAGCAAGAGCCGAGACGCAUUCAACAAAGCGAACGCACCUAUUGACGGAGGUGGUAGCCAAGUAGCAGGUCCAGAACCGAAGCCUGAAGGAAGGCGUGGCGGCAGAUUCGCCACGGACCGUGACAUCGAGCGGAUAAUGGCCCAGUCUCUGCUGGAGGCAAGAGAAAAGGAGGAGCGCGAGACACGGGCCGAGAAGCUCAAGCAUCCUAGUACGAGCGAGGCUGUCAUUCCGGACAUGUACUGGACCAAGGAGGACCAGAAGCUCAUCGCGAACUGGCAGGUCCUUCCGCCUGCGGCUAAUUUCACCGAGCAGGAGGCUCAGUUGUUCGAGAAGGCCUAUCUCGAAUUCCCAAAGCAGUGGGGUAGGAUUGCAGACCAGAUUCCAGGCCGCGAUUUCCACUCGUGCAUCCAGUACUAUUAUCUGAAGAAGAAGGAGCUCAACCUUAAGGAGAAGCUAAAGAGGCAGCCCAAGAAAAAGAAGAGCAGAAAAACCAAGGCACGGUCGAGCGCGCUUGUCUCGGAGCUCGGAAACCCGGACGAGCCGCAAGACGAAACCGCGGAAACAGGCGAAAACGGCGAGAGGCGUCGGCCGCGCCGCGCGGCCGCUCCGACGUGGGACUUCGAGAAGCCCCACCCGGAGUCUGCGGAAGGCACCCCGGCAGCCACACCGGGCCGGAGGGGCGCCGGAAGUAAAGCUGAGAGCGGCACAGAAAAGGCGGAAAAGCCACGCAGGAAACGCGCCAACAAGGAGCCGAAGCAGCCCAAGACGCCACAGGUGCUUGCCCCAACGCCACAGGGCGUGGCCAAGGGAGCCAGGUCUCGGUCGAGCUCCAAGGUACCCGUGCCAGAGUUUCUCCCCUCGCAGACCCCCACUGCCGAAAUGGGACGGACGCCACUAUCCUUCGACAUGGGGCGCGCGUCGCCGAUGCCUGGUCUGCCGCCAGCAAUUGUGCCCGCUCCUGGACAUGUCAUGAGCCCAGCCGACAAGGCUCUGUCAGCGAACACGAACACGGGUGCGAACGCAAGCUCGAACUCCAACGCUCCGGCUUUGCUGGAUAUCAUGGCACCGCCAUCACUGCGUCCUGAGCCCAUACCACCUCCGCAGUCACAGGUCGCUACCUUUGAAUUCACCGGUCACGUGGGCAGUACACCGCAUGUUGCAGCAGAGCCACCGGAGCGGGUUGGUAGAGCCACCCCCUCCAACGCGAAUGCUGCGUCAAGCUACUGGAGCGUGGCUGAGAUGAACAACUUCCCCGAGCUGCUGAGAAGCUUUGGUACAGAUUGGCAGGCCAUUGCACAGCACAUGACCACCAAGACGGCCACAAUGGUUAAGAACUUUUACAACAAGCAGACCAGCCGGGAGAAGCCAGAGUGGGGCCAGAUUGCCACCGAGGCUGACCAGAAGGUGCAACGAGGAGAGAAGCUGCCUGUUCCUCCAACGCCGACUGCUGGGCCGAGGAACAAGCGGUCCGACUUCGGUACUCAUCGUCGUGCUCCUUCAGUAGACGUGGUAGAAGACAGUGCUAUAGCCAAGGCAGAGAAGCAGACUGCGCAGAGGGAACAAGCGAACGUCUUCAACGGGCGCGUCCCUGUGCCUAUUGCCCAGGCGCCUGCGCAGCAGCAAAUACGGCAGCAGCCGGUCAUAGGCCAGCCCUCGUUGUCAGAGAGGAUUGAAGGGGUCGAGAGGCAAGAGCGCAAGCCAUUGGUAUCUUCACAGCCCGUUUCACAGGCGAUGGAGCCGGCGGCACGUCAUGCUCGGUCUUCUUCAGCGUUCCCUCCCGAGAGGGAAGCGGAGCCUCUUGCGCCACAGCAACAAGCAAUGCGUCAUUCCCUGAAGCCAGCGCCGAUCUCUCAAGCCGCAGAGCAGCCAACGCUGCCGUCCCAGGCAGGUCCCUCUCGCGCGGGAUUUGCAGGACCUCCCGAGCUCGAGGUCCCUGCGCCCUUCAUGCUCGGCGCGACUGCUAGACAGCGCAGGCCGCCGGCCGACAUGCAGGCCAAGGAGGAGCCCCGGCUCAUUGAGCGGCAACCCCCACGCCUCAAGCAAGAACCCGACCAAGGUCCCCACUUUGAGCCCUUCGUUCCAUCACAAGCACCGCGGCCCACGUCCACUAAGCCUGUGCCUGUCGAUCGACGGCCAGAGCCACCGCGGACCACAGCGCCUCACAACCCACAGGCCUUUGCUCCCGUGACGGCUGCUCACCAAAUGAUGCAGCGCGAACCAAUAAGGGAGGCGGCUAUUAGGGAGACUAUGAGGGAGCAGCAGAUGAUGGCGCCCCCGGUCGAUGAGCGACGGGUCGCAGGCGUGCCGGGUCGCGUGCCGAAUCUCAACAUGAUUGACACGCGCGUGCAGAACCCGAUUUCUGGGGAAGGCCGUACUCCCAAUUCUGCCAUGGUCGAGGACCCGCGCCGCGUGCCAAACCCAAACAUGGAGCCGUCCCGGGUUUCCAAUGCGAACUUUGCCGACACGCUCCCAGCUCGCGUGCCGAAUCCUAACAUGAUCGAUACCCCUGCGCCACCCCGUGUACCCAAUCCUAACAGCAUUGAGACACCAACACGAGCGUCCAGCCAGAACAUAUUCGACAACGCAUACGGCGCGUCUCCGUCUCGACCCUCACCCACGCCGUCUGCUGGUGCACCUCCACCCAGGCAACCUGACCCACCCAAGAAAUCGAAUCUGUCCUGGUUGCUCAAUGAUGAUCCAGCGCCGGCACCACCUGCUCCAAAGAGGGUUGACGAAGUAGCCCGCGGUGGCGAUAUGUCCUCUAGUCCACCUCCUCAAAUGUCCGGACGUGGACCACCGCCUCCGGCUGCUCCGCCGCACAUGCGAAGGGAAGAAACACCGACAUUCUCACCAUACUCGCGCACUCCGGCGCAGACUGCGAUGCCGGCACUCAAGCCGUACAGUACACCUCACACCCAGUCGCCGCAGCUGCAACACACCGGCAUCCCUCGCUCAUCCAUGGCGUCCCCCAUCGAAGCCGCGGGAGCUGAGAGAGACUAUUAUGGCCGCAAUCCAUAUGGUUCUCAGCACCAAGGACCUCCGUCAGGAUCUCCUCACCAGCCACCGCAUCACUACUCUUCUCCCAGCCAGCAGUCGCCGAUGGUGUACCCACCACAGUCAGCCCCAUUUCCUUUCGGCGCGCAAGUAUCUCAGCCACACGCGGCUUCCCCCACGAUGCAGUACGCGCAUCCUUCAACGAGUCGGAGGGAGAUGGGCCGUGAUCCCCGCGAAGUUCGUGAUCCUCGCGAUACCCGCGACCUUCGCGACCAUCGUGACCUCCGAGAUAACCGUGAUCCUCGCGACGCCCGUGAACUCCGCGACCCUCGCGAUUUCCGAGACGUCAGGGAGUCAGUGCCACCCAGCCGUGAAACGGCAUGGCCGGCCCCCCCGGGGCAGUCUCCAAGUGCAGCGAGACUUCAGCAGGAGGUCUCUUGGCCACAAUCCAAGGUGUCCCAACCGCCGCCGCCAGCUCAAUCUCCAUGGGGCUCUCAGCAUGCUGCGCCAAGCAAGCUGCAGCAAAUGAGAGAAACUCCACAGCCCUCUUGGUCGGCCGCACCUCCCUCUCAUAUGGGUCUCAGAGACAGUAUGCCGAGAGACCCAAGAGACAUGAGAGACCCUAGGGACCCCAGGGAUGUAAGAGACCCAAGAGAAGACCCGUAUGCUGUGCGUGCCGGCCUGAGGGAAAGUGUCCCUCCAAGAGAUCCGCGGGAGGAGCGCUAUAUGCUCGAAACACAACGAGCCGCGGCCGAAUCGAGGAUGUCAGCCGAUCCCCGCAUGGUCGUUGACCCCCGUGAUCCACGCAUCAUGGGACAUCCGCAUCACCAGCAUUCUCAUUCGGGUUCCAUACCCAACCGCAUGUACGUCGCGUCUCCAGCACCACGAGAAGUCCUCGGCGGGCCACCUCCGGGGCCACCUCAGUCGCAGAUUCCAGUGUAUCCGCGGUAUGCCACCCCUGGCCCACGCGAUAUGCCGCCUAGAAGUUACACGCCUGCGCCGUCGCAACAGCAACAGCAGCAGCAACAACAGCAGCAACAACAGCAGCAACAACAGCAGCAGCAGCAGGCGUACGCCGAGAUGCAAAUGCAGAUGCGGGAGAGGGAGCUCCUACAGAGCCGGGAAACCCGGGAGAGGGAGCUGCGGGCCGCCGAGGAUCUCAGGGCCAUGAGUAUGCGACCGGGCCUCCGGGGUGACGAGUAUGGCAUGGACCCCAGGGCCCGCGGGCCCCCGGGGGACAUGCGUGGUCACGAGUACGUCGGGGAGUUCCGUGGGGAGUUGAGAGGGCCUCCCCAAGGGGAUCCUAGAGGAGAUCCUAGAGGAGACCUCAGAGGGGACCUCAGAGGGGACCCCAGAGGGGACCCGAGAGCGGACCCUCUGCGGCGCCAGUUGAGGCCGCAUGAGGGAUACCCCGGGCCGGGAGAUAGGAGGUACUAA